UGACAUAUUUUGCUAGGCUGUCUAAGUUAGCUCAGUUUGUUUUUAUUAACACCCAAUCUGCUACGGCACGAACUGUCGGUUUAACAAGGAUAAAGAUGUGAAUGUGUUUUCUUAUUACGUGGGAAAACGUAAACAGUGUGUUCCACCGGUCCACCAUUAGACAACCCUUGUUGGGACGAUGUCUGACCGAGGUGGGCAAAGUCGUGAGCCGGCCGGAUUGGAUGGUCUACCACCGAUGCACAGCAUUGCCAAAGGAGAGGUGGUCUCUGUGCAAAGCUACGGAGCCUUUGUUCGACUACCAGGUUACAAGAAGGAAGGUUUGGUUCACGUGAGUGAGAUGUCUGCCUCUAGAGUUGAAAAUGCCUCUGAGAUUGUGGAUGUUGGGGAACGUGUGUGGAUCAAAGUCAUUGGGCGAGAGAUUCAAGGUGACAAGGUGAAGCUUUCUUUCUCCAUGAAGGCUGUCAAUCAGGGUACAGGACAGGACCUGGACCCAAACAAUGUUAUGGCAGAUCAGGAUGCGAGGCGACGAAAGCAGUUCAGAGAUCACACUGGCAACAGGAUCACUCUGGAGGCUGUCCUCAACACAACAUGUUCAAAGUGCGGCUGCAAAGGUCACUUUACCAAGGAUUGUUUCUCAGCUCCCGGCUUGCAGUAUGCUCUUGUGCCUGAAGAGGACGAUGAAGAGGCACAGCAGCAGCAGACAGCCACACUCAGGCCACCACAGGAUUCAGACAAAAAGAAGAAAAAGAAGGAAAAGAAAAUGAAGAAGAAGAAGAAGAGGGAGAGAAAGGAGUCAGAGAGCGAUAGCAGCAGCAGCAGUGAAUGUAAAUCAAAGAGGAGGCGUCAUAGCAACAGUCUGGACAGACAGGAUAAGAAAAAGAAGAAACACAAAAAACAGAAAUCACACAAACACAACUGAGACAGCCGGAAAAGCACACACACUCCUCCAGUUAGUCACACCACCACUAUCAGACACAUGCAAAUGUCAGUAAAACAGAGCGGUAGGCUUGCAGCCACUGAUCUCUUCAUUAGUCCUUAGACACCACAAGCUAAGUAUGGAAAAUUCAGUCAUAAUCAAGCUAUUUUAUUUUGAUGGUAAACAGUUUCCUGUGAAAGCCAAAAGAAAAAUGGAAAAGGAGAAGAAAAAAUGGUCAUGUGACCAUCCCCUUUGCCCUGGAGUAAUCUCUGACAGCCACAGCGAGACCUGUCCACACAUCUUGUGUAAUCAAAUAUGUGUAACUUAUAUGGCAGCAGGAGCAGCCCCUCUUUUUGAAAUACAGAUGUUUAUAGCUAUGAGGUUUCUGAUGCUGUGGGAAAUAAAUUAACAAAAGAAACACACAAGUGAUUACAACAGGAUCCUCAUAUUCUGGUGACAUUCUGAUUUACGUUUGCAUUUUUAUGUCGUUGUACAUGCAUGUUUGUGUUGUGUAUCACCUCCACAACCUUCUUCCUGAAGGUCUGGCUCCAUUAAAGAUGUUUUUACCUGUAAAGGCAACAGA